AUGUCCACAAUCAAGAAAACCUUACCACGUCCAAAAUAACAAAGAUGUGAAAUUUGUUAAAGAAAUUUCUCAUUGUAUUCAUCAUUUCUACUAAUUAAGAUUAUUAAAAUAACAUUAAUGUAAAAGAUGUAAUAGAGCAGUUUGCUGUGAUUGUGGAAGGUUUAAAGUUAUUGUAUUAUUAUUCAUAUAAAAAUUAAGGUUGUUGAUUAUGAUCUCAAAACUUAACAUAGAUGUUGUAUUAUUUGUAAAGAUGAAUAACUCAAUAUUCAAGAUAUUAUUGCUAAAGAAUAGUUAUCUUUUAAUAAAAAUUCACUUAUAACUAAUCAAUGGCUUAGAUACUCUCUUGAUAAGUAUUAAUUAUAAUUUAUUUAGUGCUCGAGAAUAAGAUCUCAUUAAUGAAUACUAUAUGAUAUUGGGUUAAAGUAAAAAUAAUUUAUCAACUUCAGCUACUGAAGAACUGAAAUCUAUCCCAAUUAUUUUAAACUAAGUAAUCUUUGAAUUGAUUAAAUUUAGAUUAAAAAUUAGUAUAACUAUUCUAUGAAAGAAUUCGACUAUUAUUUAACUAAAGAUUUAAUGGAUAAUAUGUCAGCAAUAUUUAUAUAAUCAAUAUUAUAAUGUCUAAUUUAUAAAAAUCCAAAUAUUCAAUUAAAUCAAGUAAGAUUAUUGUUUUCAUUAUUAGAAUUUAGUUUAGAUGACAUAUUUUCUAUUGUAUUUUCAUUCUUAACCACUUGUUUUUCAUUUUAUAAAUUGUUUUAGAGAAGAAAUUUCAUUAGGUAGAUUCUUAGAUUAAAACGAUAAGGUCAAAGAUUAUGAGAUAGAUUUUCUAUUAGAAAUUGCAAAAAAAAAUUAUUUAAUAGAACCAACUGAUUUACUUUAUUUUAGAAAAUAUUUAGAAAGACAUGUGGAAAGGAUGUUAUCAAAUAUUUUCUUUAAUAUUGUUAAUGUAUUAUUUCUAUUAGAAUUAGAUUUAAUGUUUAAUAUUUAUUUAUGAUCAUGUUUUAAAAUUUAGAGAUUAUUUUGAAUUAGAAAAAAUUGUUACAUUAAUUGGAUCAUUAUAUUUAAAUGAUUUCAAACAAAAAGGUUUAGAUGAUGAAUAUUUUAUUAAUUAGAUAAUCAAGAAUACAAAACCAUCUAUUUUAAAAGAGUAUUUAAGUAAAGAGGAUAGAAUCAGAUUAAAUGAAAAGAGAUAAACUUAUGCAAAAAGUGAAGACAUAUUUCUAUUAUAAUUACAAUAAAGAAUGGAUCAUUAAAAUGAAACAAAACAAGUUCUUUAUUUAUUAGAUGAUUGCUUAUUAAAAAGAUAACCAUUAAAUAAUCAUCAUAAAUAACUUAUAUCUUAAUUAAAUCAAAAAUAAUAAUAAAUUAUAACUGAUCUAUUGAAAUUAAAUUAAAAUAAACAAAAAGAACAAGAUGAUAAUUAAUUAUAUCAAAAAAUUGAAACUCAUUCUAAUUCAUCUACUCAAAUUAAAUUUGAUAAAAGUGAAUUAGUAGAUCAAAAUAAGGUUUUAAUGGAGUAUCUCAUUUGA